AUGAGCCACAAUUCAGGUGCGCUCGCUGUUGCCUUGUACUUGUCACUUGCAUACUUGCUGUUAAACUCGGACAUGGACCUGCACGCGGUCGUGAAUGGGCUGGACGAUUCGCUACCUCUACUGGACAUCGAAUCCUUGGACAGCGGCGCCGUGUUCGACGCGUCAGUGGACGAUAUGGACCUGAGCUUCCUAUCAGACUUGCUGCAACAGAGCGAGCCCGUGCCGGAGCCAGCGUCACCUGCGUCGACGUCCUCGGUCUCGUCUCCAAGCGCCAAGAGCGACACCGCCGAGAGUAGCGACGACGACUCGACACACGACAUGGCGGUGGCUAUGCAAAACUACGGUCCAAAGCGUGCCACGGAGCCCAGUGGGCUCAAGAAGGUAGAAGAGCGCAAGGCCAAGCGAAGAGCGCAAGUGGCCGUUAGUGCCCGACGUCACCGUUCCCGCAAGAAAAUGGAUAUGAUCAACCUGAAGAAGGCAGCUGAUUACCUCAUCUACCAGCUAGAUUUCCUGCGUUCCAAGCACAAGUUGAUGCGUGCUGAUGGUGCUGUGGCCGAGUGGGAAGAGAAGGCCAUUGCACAACGACACAAGCGUCGUCAAGCGGAGGAACUGAACGCUCAAUUGCGGUACGCGCUAUUCCAACAGAGCGGCUACGUGCGCGACUUUAAGGCCAUGUUCGCGCUCGGGUCGCCGAACACAAUGGAGCUCAAUAUGCGGCGCUUCCUGCACACGUACACGCAUCUGCGCAAAGACCCGCAGUCUCGUGAACGUGACUUGGCUUCGGUAUGCACAGACGCCAAGCUGGAGCUCGGAAUGCAGACGGUUCUUCGCGAGACAGAGGGUAUCCCAGUCCUGCGUCCGCAUAUCAGCACUCGUCAGAUCAGCACGAGCUCAACCGAGUUUGGUGCGUCCACAGUGGCCGUGUACGCGUUCGACACGAUGAAUAUGGUCCAGAUCUUCCUUGCUGCGUGCGUAGCCAUUUUGGGUUGCGGCAGUGAGUGGCCCAAGUACGCGCAGCUGGACUCAUACGGCAAGGUUGUGGAUGCACCUACAGAUAGCAUUCGGUACGGAGUCUCGGGAUGCCGCUACCGCAGUGACGACGGCCAGGACGAAGUGGCCGUCGAGAGUCGAGGACUAUCGUACUUUAAGAUAAUGGACCAAUGCGCAGUGCUGCUUUGGGACUAUAUCGAUGACGACGACUUGUACCCGAUGAACAGAAACACUUCGGUCAAGCGCGACAUCAUUGGAACUGUGGUUGUUCGUCCUGAGAUUUGCGAAGAUGGCGUCAAGCGUGUGGUGUGCCGCAGUAUUUGCACGAAGGUUCACUCGGCCAACAUGACGCAGUUGUCUCCGGACAUUCGUCGAUUCUCCGAGUCGAAGAAAAUGGGUGCGCAGAUUUGUGGCUCGAUGGUUUACCAAACCAUUGUGGGUCGCUGCCCCGAUGCCCGACCAAUUUCGGCGUAAGAAGCCGUCAUGUAGUGUAGUGCGAUUCUUUUCAAGUUGAUUAUUUAGCCGUGUACUCUUUCGGUAGCAAAAAAGAAGAAACAAUACUUACUAAA